AUGUCGGAACAGCUGUUACAAGGCGACCUCUCUCCCAUUCUCCCGGAUCUGAUCUCGUCCCCUUCCCCAGUUGCCUCUUUCCCCAGCUGGGAUGAUGACUCCGUCUCCACCAGCUGCUUCAGUGAGAUCGAUGCGCACGAUUCUGAUCCUCCUGAUCCCACACCUUCCGUCCUCAUCAAUCAACAUGGAACCGUGUCCAUCUACAACGCCACCACGACUAUUGCUACCUCCAUCGCCGAGUUCGCUCAGGAUCACCUAUUCCUCUCCAAGACAUCUGCCAACAUGGAACCAGCGUUUCCUGUCAUCUGGGACUCUGGAGCCUCGGUGUGUGUCACACCCCACCAGCGUGACUUUGUCGGCACGCUCCACUCCCCUCCCAACUCCAGCACCAAAGGGAUCGGAGGCCCCAUUGAGGUCACCGGAUGCGGACAUGUCGCAUGGACGUUCAAGACCACCACCAACACCUUCCGUACUUUGAUUCUGCCAGCCAUUCUAGUUCCCUUGGCCAACCAACGUCUUUUGGGCACCAGCUCCCUCCUUCAUUGUCACUCCAAGGAAACCAUCUCCCUUUCCUCUGACAGCAUGCUACUCUCUGGAACCACUAGCGACGGUGCCUCUACACGACCCAUUGCAGUGGACAUCUCUCCCACCAACAACUUACCUACCGGUACGGCAUACCGCGUCAUUGAUUCUCCGCAACCAACUCCCGAGGCCCACGCUGACGAUGUCACUGUGGCAAUCAACAACCUCCACAGUUCCCAAGGCCCAGCUCCGACAUCAUCUCGCACUGAUCGAAACUCUUUCAUGAUGUCCAGCAUUGCCAAAGUCCGUUGCCAUAACAUCAACCUUGACGACGGUGACAAGGAAUGGUUGAAAUGGCAUCACCGUCUUGGCCACCAUUCAUUCGCCAUUGUACGCUUCUUGAUGCGCACCGGAACCCUUGCUAAAAGUCAACGCAUGCGGACGCUGCACACCCACAUUUCCAAACAAGUUGAACCACCCAAGUGUGCCGCAUGUUGCUACGCCAAAGCUAAACUCAUGCUCGCGUCAAGGAUGCUCCCAGCUCUCUUUGCGCCAACACUCUUUAUCCCGGUCAAGAGGUAUCCGUCGAUCAUCUUGUUUCAUCUGUUCCUGGCCGAACCUACACUGGCUACGGGAAAGUUCACAAGUCUGAGAUGUUCCGCAGAUCUGCUAUCUUCGUCGACAAUGCGACAGGAUAUAUCUUCGUUCAACAUCAGAAAUCCCUGA